UAACAACAACAUAAAAAAUAUAUUCAUAUGUUAAUUUACUUGAAAAAAUACGUUUUUCUAUGGUCAAAUCUUUUCCUAAUAUUUGUUAUUUUUCUUUCUAUAAAUAUGGCUUGGAGAAGUCAUGGAAUAAACAAUGCUGACUUGGUCCGUAAUCUAAGAGCUAAUGGUAUUAUUAAAUCGGAUGCAGUAGCCAAUGCAAUGAAUGCAGUUGAUAGAAAACAUUACUGUCCGUAUGCUCCAUAUCAGGACUCUCCUCAAUCAAUUGGAUUUCAUGCUACCAUUAGCGCACCUCAUAUGCAUGCUCAUGCAUUAGAAAGGUUAAAAGAUCAACUGAUCCCUGGCGAGAAAGCUCUGGAUGUGGGAUCAGGGUCUGGAUAUUUGACAGCGUGUAUGGCGAUAAUGUUGGGUCAGGCUGGCCGGGUCAUUGGCAUUGAGCACAUACCUGAGUUGGUGUCACUGGCAACUAAAAAUAUUAAUCAAGAUAUCCCAGAACUGCUAUCAUCAGAGAGAAUCAAACUUGUUGUUGGUGAUGGACGAAUGGGCUACCCCGAGGAAGCACCAUACAUGGCCAUCCAUGUGGGAGCUGCUGCUCCAACUCUACCACAAGCUUUGGUGGAUCAGUUGAAGCCUGGUGGCCGCCUCAUCGUGCCAGUGGGGCCAGAAGGUGGAGAACAAUAUCUGACUCAGGUUGAUAAGGCCCUCGACGGGACAACGUCUACAAAGAAACUGAUGAGUGUUAUCUAUGUUCCUCUGACCGACAAAAGUCACCAGCAUCGACAGUGACGCCAUUUCCUGACUGUUGUAUGCGUGCUAGUUGCCUUGGUCCUAGCGAUUUGCUUGCUACGUUUUCUCAAGAGAUCCCUGUGAUUAUAGAGAUUCUAAUAUAGUGCUAUUAUAUUUAUUUGUAAAUAUUUCGGCUUAUAUUCGUAUAGGUGUAAUUAUAAAAUUCUGAUAUGCACAAGCCAGCUACAACUUCGAUAACUAAAUAUAAAUUUGCAAAAAGAAAACUCAAAUAAGUAUUAAUUGAAAAAUACUUUAUUUCACAUUAU